AUGCCCGCAGCGGUCGCCCGCCCGAGCUCUUCUCCCGCCGCGAGUCUAGAACAAGAUACGACCCCCACCUCCCCGUCGGACCCCUCGGCUCCGGUACCCGCGGUCUUGCUCCCCCCUGCCUCCCCGCCCCCCGCCCUCGCGGUUCCAACACCCGUCCCCCCGGCCCCUCCCACCAUCCCCGCCUUUGCCAUCCCGUUGGUCCCUGCUACCGCGGUCCCCAACCCCGGUUUUGCCAUCCUCGCGGCCCCGCCCCCUAACCCCGCCUCUACGAGCCCGCCCACCAGCGUCACUGCGGCCCCACCCCUCCCUGCCCCCGCUGGGCCCGCCGCCUCCCCCCAGCCACCCGCGAGUGCAGCCGCUCUUCCCGCCCAAGUCCCCCUCGCCCCUGCCGACCCAGCGCCGGUGGUGGUCCAAGCCCCGUCCGCCUCCGCCGCGGACGCGCUGGCGUCCCCAGCGUCCCUUCUGCACGUUACCGCGGGAACCCUGCCCCCCUAUCCCGCCGUUCAAGCGCAUGCAGCACACUCCGAGCUGCCCGCGGUCCCCGCGGCAGAGCAGACGCCCAUGGCUGACCCCGUCCCUGCCGGCGUUUCGGCGCAAUGCCGCUGUCUCAGCGCAGCGCCGCUUGCGCUGGCACCGGGGCGCCCCAGUUCCCCAAGCCGUCCCGUACCGGCGCCGCGGCGGCUAAACCGGUGGCUGCAGCCCCUCCCGUGCCUGCCGCCGCUCCAGCCCAGUCUCCCGUUAGCGCCGCCCCUGUCCGCCGGGGCGGCAGCCACCCCAGCCCAGCUUACGAGCUCCCAGCGGAUGCACGCCGCGGUCCAGCCGCCGACUAGCCCACCGCUCGCCAUGGCCCCCCCGCAGCAGAUUCCUGCCGCCUCCAUGCCGCUCCUCCUGCCUCCCGCCACCCAAGGAUCAUCUCCUGCUGACGAGGCUGCCCCGCCGCCGCCCGUGGUCGCCUUCCCGCUCCUGCCGCCUCCGCUCGCCACCGCGGCCCCUGGCCAAGCCGUGCCUUCCCCACCGCAGCCUCCCGCUUCCGAGCUGCUGCAUGGCGCGGCUCCGCCGCCUACUGCAACCACUGACGGCCCAUCGUUCCCUUCCACGACCGCAGUCGCAGCCCCGUCUCCCGUUUCCGCCGCUCCGCCACCUCCCGCACUCCCUGGUCCGCACGCCACCGCCAUCAUGACUCCCAACGCUGACCUAUAUGCCUCCGCUGCCACGUCCUGCACCUCCGCCGCCUGCCUCCCUGCCUCCGCCGCCGCAUCCCGCAGCGAACAAAGCAGCACCGCAUCACGACCGCAUCUCCUCGAACACCCAACUCCGUUUUCGCCUUCUACUCUCCCAGCACCGAGUGGCACUACCUUGUAUCACGAUUCGUGCGCACAGCCACAUCCAUGCACACAAACCGUGCAACGAGGAGGGGGAGGGUGGAAUAUGACAGCUGCUUUAAUAAAUCCAGGACAGACAGAAAAUUAUUUUGCCCCUGGAAAUGUCAACCCUCUGAUGGGUUCACAAAAGAAUUUCGAAAAAGAACCGUUCCCAAAUAGCUCCAAAGUCCCCCCAGUGUUUGGGACAGAUUUCUCAACCCAAAAUGAGACACUAAACCCUGAAAAUCCGCUAGCAUUAAUCCAAAAAUUAGAAAACUCACAAAAAUCUUUUGAUAAUUUUCAACUAACAGACUGGCAUGAAGUCAGACGCCAGAUUUGCAAAGAAGAAAGUUUAAAUCCUUUAGCUAUGCCUGUGCUAUUCAGCCAGCAAGCUGGUGGUCCUAGAACAUGGGUGGCUAUCCCACCUCAUGAGAUAAAAGAAUUGCGAAAAGCAAUAAGGGAUAGUGGUAUCUGCUCCCCAUAUUUUAAGCAACUGCUUAAAAGUACCCUGGAAGGACAUACACUCACACCAAAUGACUGUAAGAAUCUCGCUAGUAUAAUUCUCACAGACUCACAAUAUAUGCUAUGGGAACUCAAAUGGAAAAGACUGCUUACAGGGGUACUAGCCACUUAUAGACAAAGUACUGAUGCAGACCUUCGUACCCUUGUCAUGUCUAAGCUGACUGGUGACCCUCCUGAUGAUCAGAAUGAUAAUCAAGUGAAUUUACCCAAAACAGCGUUAGAUGACAUUAAAAAGAUGGCUCGCAGAGCCUUUUUGCAAAUUCAGCCUGCAGGAAGUUUUGAAAAAGCCUAUAAUCUCAUUAGCCAAGAGUUGUCCGAACCAUUUACCACAUUUGUGGACCGGGUAAUCCAAGCAGCAGAAAGGCAAUGUGGUGAUGAUAUAGCUCGCCCAAUAAUGAUACGGGACAUUGUUGAAAAUAAUGCCAAUGCAGAAUGUAAAAGAGUUAUCAAAGCCCUAGGAAAAGAAAAACCCACAGUGCCUGAAAUGAUUGAUGCCUGUAAUAAAAUUGGAAGUCCACAGCAAGUGGCAACUAUUCAGGCAAAUGAACUUGGAAAAACUCUAGGAGAAAAAAUUGAAAGGGCUCUUACAGCUCAAACAGCGCAAGCAGCUGCACAGGCAGCACAAGCAGAAGCACGGGACCAAAAACUUACUGAAAUCCUAGCUGCCUUGCAUCUCAACUCUCGGCAACAAGGCAACACUAUGGCUGUUAUGCAGGCUGCUGUAACUUCAGGACCUUGCAACUUCUGUAAACAGCCUGGCCAUUUCAGGAGGAAUUGCCCAGAAGUCAAAAGGGGUGCACAAGCACUGAGUUACUGUUCUGCCUGCAAGAAAGGAGCUUGAAUAU